GGAGGAUUAGAAAGACGCAAUGCAGGGCAAGGAAACUCAGUUCAAAGAGUGGUCAUCACUACACAUCCAGGAAGACGACACAGAUGACACCACAGUCUGGAGUGGGGCUGAAGCCUUGGAAAAGGGCCACUACUAACACCUGAUCAAGUGUAAUACGGACACAACCAUGUGCGUGGACCCUAUAGUUUUCACUGAUCACACAAAUGACACAAAGGCCGUCAUCUCUGAUUUCCUGCAGGCAGCGUCAGAGAGUAGGCAGCUGUAUAUUAUCAGCCUGUUCCUCUCUAGCCUCUACAUCAUAUUACUGUUCCCUGUCGGCUUGUUAGGGAACAUCCUCAUCUUAGUGGUCAACCUGAACCCCAGCAGCCGCUUGACGGCCCCAGACCUCUACUUUGUGAACCUGGCCGCGGCCGACCUCGCCCUUGUGGCCGACUCUCUGAUCGAGGUGUUCAACCUGAAGCAGGGCUACUACGACAAGCUCGGCCUCUGCACCUUCAUGAACCUCUUCCAGCAGGUCAACAUGUACAGCAGUGUCUUCUUCUUGACCUGGAUGAGCUUCGACCGGUUUGUGGUCCUGACCGGCUUCACGGGGCGCAGCAUGCCGCACGCACGCCUCAGCUGCUGCCUUAUCUGGGUGUCCUCGUCUUUGCUCACCGUGUUUCCUUUUGCUAUAGCUCAAAGGCAGCACAUUGGAGAACUCCACUUCUGCUUCGCGAACGUCACCCAGAUUCAGUGGCUGGAGGUGAUAGUGGGCUUCUUGCUGCCUUUCUGCAUUUUGGGUCUGUGCUACUGGAGGAUAGCGCGGGUGCUCCAGAGGAGUCAGAGGGGCCAGGAUGGCCAACAGCAGAACCCUCGCAGGCAGAAAGCCCUGCGGAUGAUCUCAGCAGCCGUGUUAGUCUUCUUCCUCUGCUGGCUUCCAGAGAAUGUGUUCAUAAGUUUUCACCUCCUAAGAGGUGAGGCAAACCGUGGCACACUGUGGCAGGACUACCCCCUGACAGGUCACGCUGUCAGGCUGGCGGCCUUCUCCAACAGCUGCCUGAACCCGCUCAUCUACAGCUUCCUUGGGGAAACUUUUCAGGAAAAACUGAGGAGCAGAUGGGCCAAGCUACACAGAUCGGCCUCGGAAAAAUCUAUCUAUGUACCAGCUGCGAGCACAUGUGGCCAAGCAAAAUGCGUCAGACCAAGCCAGUCCACAAAUGUAAGCUCCACGAUCCCUCCACAAACUGUUCUACUCCCCUCAAAUAAAUACCAGCUGCAUACUGUAAGUCACACAGACAAUAGAUGACACUGUGUCUGUGCCGUCAGUGUAAAGUCGUCAUUAAAGGACAACGUAAAAGGAAGGACUCCAGCUGUUGUGGAAACGCUUGUGUUGAAUCAGUUAAUUGAGACUUAUGCACAUUUAUUGGGAAUUUUGACAUUGUUUUGAGGGGUUUCUUCUACUUGAAUCAAUAUAGAUUUCCGCUUUUUAAGACAUUUCUGAUGCCACCUGAAAUGCAACAUCAGACCAUUUUUUUCCCCCAAUAUAAAUUAUUUUAGUAAUAUAAACUAUAGCUGCACUAAAUUGUAUUUUUUCAGCACCUUAACCCUUGCUUUGCGGACUGUGUUAUUACCAGCACAUGAUAUGAUUUUUCUGUAUGAAGCAACACCAAUCAGCAGUCAGAGUUCACCCGAGUAC